UACGCACACAUUAUACACGCGUGGGUGUGGCAUUCCUUUUGUUUGUUCUUUUUCUUUCUAAUUGUGACUGCAACUGGGUAUACUGUUGUGGCUUUUGUUCUCUCUUCUCUCUCGCGACAAUGGAAAGUGGAGUUCCCAUGCUUAAUUGCCUGUUGCAGCAUGCAUUGAGAGGCCUAUGUUCUUGUUCAGAUUCUUCCAACUCUUCAAAGUGGGUGUAUGCAGUUUUCUGGAGGAUCUUACCUCGGAACUACCCUCCACCAAAGUGGGAUUAUGGAGGGGGAGCUCUUGAUCGCUGCAAAGGGAAUAAGAGGAACUGGAUUCUUGUUUGGGAAGAUGGGUUUUGUGAUUUCUAUGAGUGUGAACGAGCCGGGGGCGAAUACAUGAAGGGCAGGUUUGGUGCUGAUGUCUUCUUCAAAAUGUCCCAUGAGGUCUAUAAUUAUGGUGAAGGAUUAGUGGGAAAAGUUGCAGCAGACAACAGUCACAAAUGGGUGUUCAGAGAAAGCCCAAAUGAUAAUGAUCCUGGCUUCAUCUCUUCAUGGAAUGUGUCAAUUGACCCUCAACCAAGAGCUUGGGAGUUCCAGUUCAAUUCUGGCAUUCAGACAAUUGCCAUCAUUUCUGUACGAGAAGGUAUCAUUCAACUGGGCUCAUUCGAUAAGAUGGUGGAAGAUCUCAAUCUGGUGAUUAGCAUACAGAGGAAAUUCAGCUACCUCCAGAGCAUACCUGGCAUUUUCUCCAUACAGAGACCAUAUCUACCCAUCCAACAACCAAACGCCACUGAAACAAGUUUCUCACCAGAAGAAAAGUGCCAACUAGCCGGAGCAAAGAGACUGUACAGCGACAGACCCGGCGAGCCUCCCAUCAAGUCCAUCAACUUGGGCUGGAACAGCCCACAAAACGGUGUUGCGGGACCUGCCAUUUGGUCUAUCCCACCUCUUUUACCCACCAUGUCUUGCAGUCUCGGAGCUCUGUUAUCAAAGCUCCCUUCAGUUCUGCCAUCCUACAACCACAUUGAAGCUCAUGACACAACUCUGCUUAGCAAUAACAGCAACAGCAACAUCAAUAGCACAAGCCAGAGGUUGAAAGUUAAUGGUGUUGGUGGGUUAAAUGAAAUUCAAAUUGCCGGUAUAAAAUUGGAAUCAUCCUGCCUGAUGGACACAAAUCAAGAAGAGAAACCCAGUCCACUGGAUCCAUGUAUAGGGUUGCGAGAUGAAUUAGGGUUUGGACGUGCAAGGGAGGGAGGUCGUGCUCUAAAUCUCAAUUAAUUAGGAAAAUCCAAUUGUAUUUAUUGUGAUAAACCAGAUAAUUUUAGCUAGUUGGCCUUUGAGUGUGUGGUCAGUUCCUUGCUCACUCAAGCACAAAUGUAUGCCCAACACUAAUAAACUUACUGUAUUAAUAUAACUGUAUGAUAAUGAGAUCUCUCCCCUUCUUCCUUUUUGUUGA